ACAAAUGACCUUAAACAAAAUAGCAUAAAAGAUAGUAUUAAACUGUUACAACAUCAUUUAACGUGUAGCCACCAACGUUUAUUCAACAUUUUUGCGUCGACAGUCAUUUCGCGUGCCCAGGGCCCUUUUACUGAUGAAAUUAGCGCGCCAUCUGUCGGCUUGGUGAUAUUUUGAAAAAAAAUCUUCCCAUGAUCCAACACUGUAAGGUAAAACGCUCCAAUCGGAUGAGUUAAUCGAACAAGUUUAACCAGCACUCUACUCGGAUAUGUUUAAACAGACUAUUCACAAGUGUAAAAAUAAACAAGUGUAAAAAUACAAGAAAAUAGUAAAUGCGUAAAAAGAAAAAAAAUGUUCGGUUCCAAAAUGGAGAGGAAUUUCAUAAACAGAAUGUGGGGAAUUUGUGUUUUACUCGGAGUACUAGUCUCACAAACAAAUGCUCUCUCGUGUUAUCAGUGUAAUAUAUUUAUCCGAGGUUCUCCGUGGCCAUGUGACUCAGAGCGGGGUAUGAAGGAAGUAUCCGGAUGCCAUGCAUGUCUAAAAACCUUCACCCGAACUUACCUUCAUAAUACUUUUCACGAUCAAUUACGCACCUCAUACGAAUCCCGUCUGUGCGUAAAAUCGAAAGAGUAUAUGAAGGAAGCCGGAUGUCAUCCGCACGAGACUGGUUCCGGUUACAUGAAACGCUGUUUCUGCUAUGACGAUUUUUGCAAUAGUUCCUCGCGCGUUCAUUUCACUCUGGUGUUAAGUGGUGUGUGUAUGAGCGUUGCAGUUUUCUUGAAAAGAAUCAUGUGAACAUACAGCUAAGACCUGCAAUAAAAAAAAACAAACGGAACAGAAAAGGCAUCCAGAAGCUGCGGACAGGAAACAAAAUGAAAUUUGAGCGUAUAUAUGUGUGUUUAUCAGAUUGUUCACGGUAAAGGGUGACAACUCGAUUUGGAUAUGGAAUAUACCAAAAUAAUGUUAUCUCCCAUUUUAAAGGAAAUGUGCUAUACCACAUUCAAAAUGUUGGAUUGUGUGUAUGUGUAUUCGUGAAUGGAGCACUUUAAAAUAUUCGUGUUCGUUGGAUUAAAAUCUUUCGUCGAGGUAUAUAGAUUUAACGUGCUUGUUACAUGACUGUGUACAUAAAUUCUAAGUUAAGAGUUCCGUUUUUAUAUCAUAUAGGCAGCAUAAGAAUGACGACAAAUGUUAGGUACAAAACGGAUUGGCUUUGUAUCUGUCAAGUUUCAUAUAGAUAAAGUUAGGGACCUAUAACCUUACAAUCUAGCAUUAUAUAAAUUCAUUUGAUUAUCACUCCAAGUUAUCAUCAUAAUUUGUAUAUAUGUAUAUGAUUUUAUUUGUAUAUACAUGUAUGUAUACAACUGUUUAGUGUGCCAUAGUUUGUUCAGCUGUUGACAUUUUUGUUUCGAUUCCCAGUAAAAUCCACCUCAUUCAUUAUUCUGUUAUUACACGAACUGCUAAUAAAAUUAACGAAUUGGUGAAGCUGAAGUCUAACGGCGUUGCAGAAUAUGUCUGACACAAUUUUAAACAGAAAACUAAAGAAAGAAACAAAAAAAAAAAGUCAUGUUCUGUGACAUUUUAAUUAUGUGAUGACAUGUAUUUUAUUUUGUAUAUUGCAAACAUAUUGUGUACAAAGUUUUGUUAUACUGAUCAACAUAUCUACAAAAACGGUGUUUGUCCGAAUAAAAUUUACUAUUUUU